UCACAAUUUUGCCAAUAAUAUUAAAUUUAUGAGAAGAAGUUGGAUUUGAUUUGUUAGUUUAUUUUGUGGUAUGAUAGCGAGCUACCCUUAACCCUAAACAUUUCCAUAUGUCUUUUAAAAAUUAUAUCCUUUAUUUUUUAAGAAUAGUUUAUAGCUUUCCUCCAAGAGUACAUUUUAUGGCAGGCAUAUUUUGGAAUGAUCUUAUGAUUGUUAUAUUGCAAUUGAUUUUUUUAGAACAAUUUGUUGAAGGAGAGGUUGCUUUUUCCGAUAUUGAUAAAUGUUUCCUAUGUAUGUUGAUUUUAGGAUUUCACUAUUUCAUACACUUGUUUUCUGAUAAGAGCUCUUCCUUUUAUUGAAUGACUAUCUUGUGAAUUGUGUUGGCUAUUAUUAUAAAUUUCUUUGCAAUCCAGGUGGAAAAAUAAAAUGUCAUCUAGAGAACAAAAUAGAAAACCUCCUGGUCAAGGGAGAGGAAACCAAAACUUUAAACCAUCUGGACGAAAAGAUGAUCAAAGUGGAAAGUCAAAUAAAAAUCCUAAUCAAAGCAAAGAUCAAAGUGGAAAGUCAAAUAAAAAUCCUAAUCAAAGCAAAGCUAGUUCAGAUUCUAAAUCUUCUGGUCAGAAUCGUGAACCACAGCGUGGAAAUCCUAAUAAAGGCCAGUCGAAUAAUCAAAAUCCCAAAACAUCAGGUAAAAAAGAUGACUCUACUAAAGUUAAAGUAUAUAGGAAUCCUGCACAACAAAACCAGCAGGCUAGAAAUACUGUCUCAAAAGAAGAGCAACAUCAAUCCUUUUCUCAAAAGAAAACUUCUAUAAAAAUUGGUUUCAACAAUCCUCAACAUUUGGUAGAUUCAUCAUGUAAUAUCCUUGCUAAUAAAUCUAGUGCCGCUUCAAGUAUUUUCCAGUUGGCAGCAAAUGCUCUUACUCAUCUUUCUUUUGAUUUAGAAACCACCACGAUUCAAGGAAACAAAUCUUUAUCCUACCAAUCUAAUACAACACAACGGGGUAGACCUGGAUAUCAGAAUAGAGGAAACAGAAGAGGUAGAGGUAGAGUGUCUAUAAAUACUAGCAAUCCACCUCGAGCAAAGUCUAAUGAUUCUCCUGCUGAAAUACGUGUUUUUUCUGGUCGUCAAGAACCAAAUAGGGGGACUGCUAAAAUUUUUAGAGGCAGUCGACCUAAUUAUAUGCCACAUCGCUUUAAUAAACUUAGGCCUCAUAUGCCCCAGAAUAUACCUCCAGUUAAUCCCACAUUCAACUCACAUGCUCGUUUCAUGUCACCUAAUCAGACUACUCCAAAUAGGCCAUUUCCUCCUACGUCUACUUUCAUGUAUCCUAAUCAGACAACUCCAAAUAGGCCAUUUCCUCCAAUGUCCACUUUCACGUCUCCAGGAUACCAAGAGCAAUUAGGAUCUCUUAAUACUGGUGUUCUAAACAGUAAUUCACAAGUUAAAGCCCCAAUCUUUAAAAAAAAGAAGAGCAAGUCUGCUGCUAAAAUUUCAGAUCAGACAUCAAAUACUACCUAUUCUAACAAUCAACCUAAACCUGUUAGUAGAGCAAGGAAAAGACAGCAAAGAAGACAAAAUAUGUGGAAAAAGAGUAAAACUCCAAAUCCUAAUCAGGCUGCACCACUGCUUUCAUUUCAGCGUGUUUUGCCUUCUUCUGAAGGAAGAAAACAUUCCAUAUCCUCUGAAGAAGAUGAUGCUACUACAUUGUCAAGAUGUUCUUCCGUUGAAAGCGUUUGGACAACAACUGUUUCUGACGAUGCAGCAGAGGCUAGCUCUUCUGAUGAAAGUGAGGUUACAAGUGAAAUCUCUAUGACUUCUAGUUAUAUAGACAGUGGAAUCACUUCCUAUGCAUCUGAUGUAAGCACAUCUAUUGCUUCUAACACAUAUAAAGUAAUAGCAUAUUAUUGGGAUAUAGAAAACUGUCCUGUUCCUCACAAAAAGUCCCCCACUGACUUUGUGAAACGUAUCAGAGAAACUUUUAAUGCUGGACGAACUGAAUUUGAAUUUUUUGCUGUGUGUGAUGUCACAAGAUUAAGUAAUAUUAUUGCUGAGGAACUAGAUCGAGCAUCUGUUAAUAUGAUGCAUGUAAGCUUCACAAAUAAGAAUGCAGCAGAUAAUAAGAUAAAGACAUUACUUCAAGAAUUUCCUGACAAAUGUCGUACAACUAAAGAUUCUGCAAUUGUUUUGAUAUCGGGAGACUCAGAUUUUGCUGAUACUUUAAAUAGUUUGAGAUAUAAGCACCACAUUUAUAUUUAUUUAAUAUGUAAAAAAGAUGCCAAACAUUCAUUAAUUGAGGCAGCUAAUGAAUAUCAGUUUUAUGAUAAUUUUGUGUGUGAUUUGCCUACAAGAGAUGUUGAAAAAAAGAAAAGUUAUCUAAUAACGUUGUACAACUUUCCUGAUUCAAUGAAAAGUAAACAAAUAAAAUCUUACGUUAAUGGAAAAAUUAAAAAUUUGAAUUGCAGGAUUAGAACUAUCAAUGGGAACAAAGCAGAAAUAUCAUUUCCUAAUGAGGCCCUUCGUGAAAAAGCAUUGGAAAUGGUAAAAAAUUUAUUUAAGGAUGGCAAGGAAAUUCAUUUUGAUUGUUCUGAGACUGAAACUGGUUUAGAAAAUUCUAUUGAUAAAAAUAAAGCAACAAUGCAGAAAAAACCUGAAAAGAAACCUGCUAUUAAAAAGGAGACUGUCUUAUCUAAGGAAUCUGAGAGUAAUACAUCUAUGUGUAGAGGAGCAACUUUAUGCGUGUUUGUAAGCGUGGAACAAGGAAAUAUGCUUCAUUGGAAAAAUAAAUUUAAAGACAUUUUUGAUACAACUGAUUUUGAACUGAAGUGGGAUGAAUCAGGUUAUGAUGGAUAUUUCUUGAUAUUUUUUGAAAGUAUCAGUAAAGCUCAAAAAGCUAAAAAACUACUUCAGAAAAACCAAGAAAAAGAUGUUACUUCUCCUAAAUUUUUAAAGUUGAUAAAGGGGGAUGAUGUUUUAGGGAGUUUAAAUUCUACUAAUAAAAUUCAAGAAAUAAAUAAACAGAAACUUGAUGAGCAGAUUCGAUCCAUUGAAAGUAAGAGAGAAUCCUGUUUAAAAAAACACAAAGAAAAAAUGUCGAUUAUGAAAGCAAUGUCUGAAUCUUCUGUACUUGAGGCAGCUGAAACAAUUACUGAAAAAUAUAACGAACUUAAUGAACAAAAAGUAUGUUUUUUGAAUUUUACUACAGUUAUGGUGGACAAUUUAAAAAAAUUCGAUGUGUCAAAUGAAACUGUUGAUAAAGAUCUAGGUCUCCUUUUGAAGGAUUAUAACCGAGAAUGCAAUUCCUUCUUGUCAUUUUUACCAAUUUAUGCAAAGAAAAAUCUUAUUUUGAAAAAGAUAAGAAAGCACCAAGUGGUAAUUAUACGUGCUGAAACAGGCUCAGGAAAAAGCACCCAGUUGGCUCAAUAUUUAUGGCGAGAACAAGCUUUCUGUAAAAAUGGUUUAAUCAUCUGCACUCAGCCUCGUAAAAUAGCUGCCAUUGCAUUAGCUAAGCAUGUGAGUACCCAGAUUGGUUGUUCUCUAGGUGAUAUUGUGGGCUAUCAAGUUGGUUCUACUUCUAAAAAAUCUCCUAACACUGGAAUUCUUUUUGUUACUGAUAUUACUAUGUUGAAAAUGAUGGUGAAUGAUGAAUUAAAAAAUGUAUCCUGUAUUAUAGUUGAUGAAGCACAUGAAAGAACUGUGUAUACUGAUUUACUUCUGGGAAUGAUUAAGAGCUGUUUAGAUUUUAGACCACAAUUGAAACUUAUAAUUACAUCAGCAACUAUUGAUACAUCUAUUUUUGUUGAUUACUUUAAACUCCAAGAGGAUAAUGUUUUGAAUGUCUCCGGUAGAACAUUUCCUGUAGAAGAUGUAUGGUUAGACAAAGAAGUAGCUCUUGGCUGGGAUUAUUUUCCGAAAGCUAUCAGCACAGUUUGUGACAUUUUAGAUAAAGAAAGUGAAGGAGAUAUUUUGGUUUUCUUAACCACUCCUUUUGAAACUGAGAAAGCUAUGAAUGCACUAGAAAAAAAGUUAACUGAUAAAAUGAAGCAGUUAAUUCAAAUAUAUCAAUUACAUGGUAGACUUGAUGUUACUGAGCAGCAAAAGGUAUUUGAACGACUCCCGAAAGAAAAAAGAAAAAUAGUAUUUGCUACUAAUUGUGCAGAAACAUCUAUUACCAUUCCUGGCAUUAAAUACGUUGUUGAUUGUGGGUUUGUUAAAGAAUCGCAGUACGAUGCGAUAAGGAAUAUGAAUGUUAUGGCGAUUAAUUUUGUUAGUCAAAGUUCUUCAGAACAACGAAGAGGUCGGGCAGGUAGAACUCAGGCUGGUAAAUGUUAUCAUUUAUACAGUAAAUCCAAUUUUGAUAAAAUGAUCAAAAAUAGUGCACCCGAAAUUUUAAGAUGUAACUUAGGUAACGCUAUGUUAAAGCUGAUGAAAAUUGGUGUUAAAAACCCUACUCAAUUUGAUUAUGUUCAGUCACCUCCAAGAGAUGCAUUAGAAUUAGCAAUGAAGCAACUUAAAAAUUUAAAGGCAGUUACUGAUGAUUUUUCACUGACUCUGUUAGGGGAAAAAAUAUCUUGUUUGCCCCUUGAACCAAGAUUGGGUCAUUUAGUGUUUGAUGGCAUUGAUAAUGAUAUUGGAUUUGAAGCAGUUGUUAUGGCAGCUUUAGUUACAGUUUCAAGGAAUAUCUUUUUCAGAACAUCAGAAAAUAGGGAAGAAGCUGAUCUGAAGAAGAUGCAGUUUUGCCAAAGUGAAAGUGACUUUAUAACAUUUUUUGAUAUAUAUAAAGAAUGGGCAGGUGUUCCUAAACAAGCAAAAAACAGAUGGUGUGUUGUAAAUUGCAUUAAUGCACGAUCUAUGCGAACUGCUCAAGAUCUUGUAAAUGAGAUCAUUCAAAUUCUUCAGACAGAAGUACAGGUGAAAGUUCUAAGUAGGUUUAAGGAAGUAUCAGUACAUAAUAGUCUUUUGAAAAUUAUCUUCCGCAGCUUUUACCAGAACUUGUGCAUCUUUUCUGGGCAUACUAAGUUUGGAUAUAAAUCACUUGAUAUUCCAGAUAACUUAAUGAUCCAUCCUUCUUCAUCUUUAUUUACAUUUGGUAAUAAGUGGAGACCUCAGUAUUUAGUCUAUGAUUCUGUUUUAAAAACAGAUAAAACUUAUCUGUUAAAUGUGAGUCCUGCAUCAGACGAUUUAUUAGUUGAGUUUCAAUCUGUCGAUUGUGUACAGCUACCUUUAGAAGAAUUGGAAUUAUUAACUUUUCAAACAUAUAGUGUAUACCCUGUUGGAAAAAUAAUUCUUUCACAUGAUGUUAUUGGAAAGAAAGGCAUUCUGAAAAGAAAUUUAGAAGAUACCUUGAAAAAAUCUCUUGAAAGUGACUCAGUUGUUAUUGAUGUUGAUUUUCCAAAUGGAGAGAUAAAAGUCUGUGCUCCUCAGUCCCAAGAAGAUUGUAUUCAAUCUGUAUUUUCACCUCUAAUCAGUCGUGCACAAGAAAGAUUAUUUAAUGAAGAAAAAGAAGUGUCUCUUCAGUCUAGUUUAAAUGCCAUCAUAUCAGCAGGAGCAUUAAUUAAAUACAUUAUUUUCCCUGGGGAAUUUAGAGAACUGAAAGUUUUUUUAAAAGACCUGACUGAAAUGUCAGCUGCAGUUGAAAAAUUGCAAACAUGUGGAAAGAUUGAUUUAGUGCUUGAAUCAAAAAAUUACUUUAAAGUAACCUUCUCUAGUCCAGAUGAGGCGAAAGCAGCUUUGGAGCAUUUCAAAGAUGACAAUUCUUUUAGAUUACAAAAAGUUGUUAGAGCAAACUCUUUUUAUGAAAAAGCUAAUCAGUAUAAACUUCGUGUAACAUUUCUGAGAAGAAAAUGUACUGGUGUAGCUUUUGUUACUGUUGAUACUCCUACAUUUCUUCCUAUUGUUUUAGACAAUUUUAAAUAUAAAUUGCCUCAAUUCAAAAAUUCACGUUUAAGCGUUUCUCAAAGUUCUAAGACUCAAGAUAUUAGAAUUCAAGGACUACCUUAUGAUGCAGAACAAUAUGAGUUAAGAGCCUUUCUCAGUCCCCACAUGCCUGAAGGAUGCAAAAUCAGUAAAUGUAUUGUUGCAAGAGAAAAUCCUCAUGAGAGUGUUGAUUCAGAACUUAUGUCUACCAAACAGAAGAUUUUAAAUUUAUUUACUGAAUUCACACCAAAGGAGAAAAUAAGCAUUGAUCUGAAAAAGGCUUCUUCGAAGGACUCUUGGUGGCAUGCAUUUGUUUGCUUUGAAAAUUGUCGUGAAGGUGAAGCUGCAUACACAACACUGAUGAAUCGCAAGUACAUUCCAGAUAUUGUGGGAUUGAAAAUGAAGCCUAUGUUGCAAUCGUUUUUGUAUACUAAACUUGAUGUAUUUAAUGCUGUGAAACCACAAAUUGAAGAAGCCUUAGAAUUUUUUAAAAAUAACUCUGUUGUUGAUAAAACCUUAGAAAUAACUGUUGUUCCAAAAGGUGAGCACAAUGUUCAGAUACUUAUUACAAGCAAUAACAUUUCUGAUAUUACAGAUGCUAGAAAGGCUAUUUUAAAUUUCUUAUUAGGCGAUGCUAUACACUGUGAAGGCAACGAAAAUUUGGAGAAAUUGUUUUCUAGAGAAGGUUUGGCAUUCCUCAAACAAAUUUCUAACAACAGAACUAACUUUUACGUUGAAAUCAACAUUCAGAAAAAGGUUGUGACUCUGUUUGGAAAUGAAUCCGUUUGUAGUGAGAUUAAAAUAGAAAUUCAAAAUUUUCUUGAAAAGCUGGAAGAUGAAAAUAUUGCAGAGAUAAGCUUGAUGCCCGAAAGUUGCAAGCCAGGUGUUCUUCAACAUUUGCUGAAGAAUUAUGGCCAUAAUUUGGAUAAUUUAAAAGAAAUUUGUUGUUUAACAUGUAUUGAAAUAGAUAUUCGUGGCCAUGUUUUGCAUGUCAGAGGAAGAAAUACAGCUAUAUCAAAGUGUCAGGAUAUAGUAAAUGGAUUGUUGGAAAAUUGUGAAGAAACCUUAGAAGAGAAUGAUGAAGAGGACUGUCCUGUAUGCUUUAUGGAAAUUGAUCGUGAUCAGUGUCAUAGAUUAGAGUAUUGUGGGCAUGCUUAUUGUAGUAACUGUCUUGUACAUUUAUUUCUUAACUCUGAUGAUUAUCCACUUUGUUGCAUUUCAUGUGGAGCUUAUAUUGUAUUGGCUGACUUAGAUUGGGCCAUCAAGGAAGUUAAAGUGUCUGAAGCAGAUCUAUUGAAAAAGUCUCUUCAAGCAUUUAUUCAAAGCAGAGAAGACAUAGGUUAUUGUCCAAGUCCAGAUUGCCCUAUGAUUUAUAGAGUUACUGAAGAAGGGACUAUUUUUGAAUGCCCUGCAUGCAACAAUGCUAUCUGCACCACUUGUGGAGUUAUAUACCAUUAUGGCAUGAGUUGCAGCUUAUAUCAAUGUAGCAAAGGAGAUGUUGAUUAUCCAUUAAAAGUUUGGAUGGAAAAUGAUUCUGAUAACAGAAAAGAGUGCCCUUUUUGCUCUUCACCAAUUGAAAAGAAUGGUGGUUGCUCUCAUAUGAUUUGUUGGAGUUGCAAGUCUCACUUAUGCUGGGAUUGUCUACAAAUUUUUCUUACUAGCGAUCUUGUUUAUAAUCACCAACCAAGUUGCCCAAAACGUUCCCUAACUGCAAGUUUGAUUUGAUAAAACUAAGAAACAACUUUGGUUGAUUUACUUCAUAAGUUGUUGACUUAAUUCAUAAUUUUAAGUAUAGUAUCAAUUUUAAUUAUUUUUAAGAAAAUUUGAAACAAAAUUUUUUUUAGCUUUUCAAUUUAAAUACUGCACCAUUGAUUUAUCAUUUUUAAAAGCAAAGUUAUUUUCUUUGAAAUUUUAUUAAUGGACAAAAAUGCAUCUUUUUAUUCUAUCUGAGAAAUUAAUUAUAGAUAAAAGAUAUUUCAGAUAUCCAUUUUGUUGGUGCUUGGCUUGAGGCAAAUUUGUAUCUAAACUUAUGAAAAAAUAGUUUCUUAGUGAUGAGAAGAAAUUUUCUGAAGGAAUUUAAGUUAGUCACAAAAUGUUAUUUGACUAACAGUCCUGCUUAAACUGCAGGAGAAAAACGAUUAUCAAUGCAUUACUAUUGUUGACAUAAAACUUAUUUAAAAUCUUUAUCAUACAACAUAUUUUUUUUAAUGUAGAUAUUAAUGUAUAAUUUUUUUCUAUUUUGAAUUGAUAUUGGUUAUAUUUUCACUUUAUAAAAAACAUUUUAUAAGGUUUACUUAUUUAUUAGUUUAAAAUUCGUUACUAAGACAAAUUUGAAAUAAAAAAGUGAUUAUUUUAUUUUUAUUAUCCUAUCUAAAAAUCAUCCUUAUCCUAUAAUUUUAGGUUCUUCACGUACCUUAUUUGUAAGUUUUUGAUAUUUUUAGAUUUUCAUUUUGCUGAAGGUACAAAAUGAUGUAACAAAAGUUAUAACAAAAAAGUUUAAAAGUUAUAACUUUUAAUUAUAACAAAAAAAAAUUUAGAAAUUUUCCCAAAAUAAAAAAAUGCACUUUUAUCUUAACUUAAAAACUAGUUGUAGAUUAAAAAUUACUGCAGGUGCCUUUUUUUAGAGCUUUUGAUUUUUAAUAAAUUCAGUAUUGCUGAAUGAACAAGAAGUUGGUAUUUUGUAUUGGAAAAGAAACUUAAGUUUGUCAUUGUAGUAUGUUGUUUGACAUACAUUGCUUCAUGUUUUUGAUUAAUAUUGUUAAAAACAAGAAGUUUUGUAUUGAUUUUUUGAAGUUACAUAGGAAAUCCUUAUUUUGGGUGAAUAUAAUUGAUAUAUUUUCCUUUGGUUUCUAUGUAUCAUAUUUUCGUACUUUCUCAAAGUUAAGAUGUAAGAAGCUGAAGAUUUCGGAAAUCCUCUGUUUCGCGGUAUUUUUAAAUCUGUCAGCUUCUCUCUUAGAGCCUUGAAAGCUCAGUGGGUUUAGGCACUAAACUGUCAUUGUGAAGCUACCCAGCUUCAGAUUGAUGGGUACCAGAGCUUGUCCUGAAGUAAAGAUGGCCUGUGCCUAGUGCUGAUUACAUUGCCUCAACCAUGGUCACAAAAUUUUGAAGCCUUAACCUCACAAAUGUCAUUGUAUCAUUUUUCUAGCCUUCAACAGGCUGUUGAAAGAAUGCUUUGCUUAGCUGCUCUCAUAAACUUUCAGUUCAAAGAACAAAAUGUAUGGUCAAUAAAAAUGUUAAGAUCAGUUUUCAAUUUCCAUAGAUCUAGCACUUUAUAGGAUUUUUCAAUCUGCUACUUUGUUUCAAGAAGUUGCUUUUUUUCCUUUCUUCAAAGUGUUUUUCAGAUCAGAAUUAAUUUCUACCUAAACUGAAAUAUUUAUGCAUAUAUAAUUUGUAAUGCACGCCAAUUUAUUCAAAGGUUAAAUGUAUCAAAGUCUUUGAAAAAAAGUUGUAAGAUCAAGAAGUAUGCUAAACAUAGUAUUGAAUUAAGAAGGAAAAUUAUAAAAACAAAAUUUUAUGCUAGUGAAGUAAAUUUAAUUCCAUUUAGUUUAACAGUCAAACAAAUUAACAAAUCAAUAGCCAAAAAAUAAAAAUUAAUCACUAAGAAAGAGCAUUUUGCAUUGAACAAUUACAACAUAGUAGAACUGAUAAGGUGAUUUAUUGCUAUUGUUCAGCUAAAGUGAUAUGGCCUUAUCAAUUCCUGAGGUCUACAGCAUAACUCAAAACGACCCUACAUACCCUGAUACACACUGUUUCAUUGGCUAAAAGAGUCAACUUAAAUGCCACCUAAGUUGAUAUAUUGUGUUAUAUAUUUCAUUUCAUAUUUUUAUAUAAUUUCUUAUGAGGUACACUGGUGUGAGCUGUUGUAAUAACCAAAGUUACAAUACUAUUGGAACAAAUUGUUUUCAUUGUUAUAAGUGUUCCUUGUUGAGUUAUAUCAUUCCAACAUAUGUUAAACUGAACUGGCAUCUGAAUGAAAGAUGUUACAGUAUCCUGACUUUUUUGUUUUUAAAUUUUAUGUUUUGUGGUUCAUUCAUUCAUGCAAAAUAGCUUUCAAAUUGAAACCCACCAAAUGCUUGUAAUAGUACUUUAGAGCAGGCAAAAUAAAGUUAACCUUAGUGAUUUAACUAAUAUCACAGUUUUGAUAUUGAAAAAUAUUUCAAUGCCUUUUAUCAGCCAAAACAGAAUUUUAAAUACAUGUACGGAUGUUAUUACCCUUAUAAUCACUUUUUAACUUUGAUAUAUUAAGAUUUUAUGUCAUAUAAGAAAGUUGAGUUAAUUAUAAAUUAUUACUUUAAAUUUUCUUUCAUAUGAUUUUAGGACAUACGUUUUGUGUGUAUAUAUAUAUAUAUUUUUUUUUUUUGUAAUGUUAUGACAAAUUGUGCAUUCAAUUACUCACUUGGUUUAUUAAUAUUUUAAUUAAGUAUAAUAAUAAUAAUAAAAGUAAUAAAUUGUAAUAAUAAAAUGCAUUAAUAAAUUAUAAUAGCGAUUUUUAAUAAUGUCGUUAGAUGUUUCAUAAUUCUAUGAUUGAGUUAGCCGUAAAUUCUGGAAAAGUUUCUUUUGGAUUAACCAUAUAAAUAACAUUUGGAAUAUGUCUUUAAUAAUGACUUUUGCAAAAAAUUUUCUGAGAAGGCUAUAGAAUUUUAACUUCUACUAAAUAUUUUAUGUUUUAAAGUAUUCAUUAAAAACCUUUAUUAAUAUUUUUUUUUUGUAGAGUUGAUUGUCAAUAUUGAUUUUAUAAAUAUUUAUUGUUACAAAUAUUUUCGCAAACAAUAUUUUCUUUUUUAUGAUUACAAUAUUUAUUUCUUAGUAGGGGUUUUGUUGUUCUUGGUUUUGAGAUUAUGUAUUCAUUUUUAAUGUCAAUAUUUGUUUAAUUAUUUUUAUUUUAUAUGUUUUUUUGACUAAGUAAUAUUUUAUUUCUUUAUGAUUUAUUGACACUCUCCUGUGAUUUAGGUGUUAAAAUUUCAUUACAUAAAGUAUAAAAUGUAAAAAAAUAUUCGUAAAUAUUGUUUUAGUUAGUUUUGUAAGGAAUUAGUAACUCUUUAAACAUUAGUUGACAUUUAAUUUAGCUAUUAUUAUUCAUAUUACUGAUUUUUUAAUUUUUUAUUUACUUUACAAUAAUUAGUGUGUGAAUUUGAAUUAAAUAUUUGAAAAUACAAUAAUUAUUUAUUCUUAACUUAAAUUUUUAUACUUAAUAUUUAAUUUUAUUGUUUAAUGAUAUUUUUUAUGUUAUAUUUUUAUUUUGUGUUCAGUGGUUGUACUGUAAAUUCCUGAAGUAAACUGUGCUUUACUAUAUUGUGUUGAUUUAAGUAAACAUUACUUCAUUAAUUGUGUUUAAAAAAAAUCAGUAUUAUUUCCCCUUGGGCUUGUGUUACUUUUUUGUUGUAAUAAUUUUGAAUUUUCGGACUUCUUUCAAGUAUGCAGAUUUAUACAUCUGUUUCACUAAUUUGUCUUUCAAAUUUCUUUUUACAUUGUUAGAUUUUAAUGAUAAACUGCUCUAACUUCUAAACGGUAAUUUUCUUUUCUUUUGUUUAAGAUAUUUUUUAAUAAUUUUUAUAAUAAAUCUUAUUAAUUAUUUUUUUAUUGUUAUAAAUCUAUUCCGAUUGACAGUUUGGUGUAUUAACUAAAAAGAAAAUACAUUAUUAGUUGCAAUAAAGCCGGUUAUUCAUAAAAUAUGUUCCCGUUUCAAUGAUAUAUUUUAAGUUUAAAGAGCAUAUCAACAAAUUAUACAUCAAAUUUAAGAUAAAUUAACCCAGUUAUUUUAAAAAUGUUCAAUGUGUACAUUCUAAGUUAUAUUGCACACAUCCAUUUUUAAAUUCAUUCUUCAUGACAUUUUAUUUAUUCCAAAAUAUUUUAAAAAUACCACUAUGAAAAUAAUAUUUUCUUUUUACUUGGCAAUUCAUUUUUGAUAUUUGUAUUAAUAUAUUUGCUUUAAAUAAUAAUAAUUGCUAAAUUUUUACUUUUGGUUAAAUGAAUAACAUUUGUUGUAGAGUUUGUAGUUAUAUGUAUUAAUCAGCUUGUAAUUAUACAUAUGACAAUUAAUGUGUAAUUAUACAUAUUAUAUCAGCUAUAUUGAAGCUAUACAGUUUUCUACCUGAAUUAUUUUUUCAAUACACAGUCUUUUUUUAAUGACUGCUUUUUUAAAAUUAUUUUGUCAAUGUUUAAAACUUUCAAAUCAAUGUUUUUUUUUGUGCUAUUGAUAGUUUUUUUUUAUAGCUGCCAACUAAAAUUUUUGAUAAAAUCCCUUAUCACUAUACAGAUUUAAUUUUAUAAAUAUGCCGGUUUUUAGAUUUUUUUAAAAGAAAAUCUUUAUGAAUUUAAAAUCUACUAAUUAAUUUUUUUUUUACUUUGGAACGUCCAGAGAAAAAUGUUUUAUAAUGCUUUAAUUAAAAAAAAAAAAAAAAAGGUUUAUUGCCCUCUGACGGUAAAUUGGCUCUUUUUCUGAAUUAUAAAAUGUAGAUUAAACUUAAAUUGAAAUACCUUAACUUUUAUUACAACUAUGUAUAUUUUAUACAGAUGUAUGAUUUUAUACAGAUAUAAUAUGAAUGUUACGAAUUUUAUUAAAAAAAUUAUUAAAGUCAAAUUAAUUAUCUAUAAAAAUGGUUUAUAUUUUUAAUUUAUAAUAAAAGAUAAAAGCUAUAGAUAAAAGUCAUAAAUUUAUUUAGAUUAAUGUAAGCAAGAUUAAUGUUGAAGAAGAUUUACUUACACCAGCCUUAAAAUUCAACUAUAUAUUUACUAAGAAAAUAAAAAAAAAACUAUUAUAAAUAUUUUCAUUUUCUGAUAUUUUUGUAUAAAAUAUUGAAUUUGUUCAUUCAGUUUUAAAUAUUAUGUCCAAAAGCUAAAUUAAAUAAUAAUAGAAAGUUAAAAAAAAAUCAGAUGGAAUGAUUAUACUAUUAAUGCUAUUUAGAAUUUGAUAUCCUUUUUUCUAAGAUUUCGAAAAAUGUUGAAAAUUAUGAUACUGUAGUUUUCUCUUACUCUUUCUUUCUUUAUCUUUGUUUUGCUAUUAUUUUGAUUUGUCUGGAAUAUUUAAGAGUUAAACAGCAGAUUGUUUUCUUUCUUGCAAUAUUUCAGAUUUUUAGCGAUAUAGGAGAUCUUCUAACAUUUCUUUGCUCCUAAGUCAUAAAUAGUCAAGUUUUUUCUGUUCAAAAAGUUCUGGAUUUUUCAUUUAUUAGAUUUUUAAACUGUUCGUUUUAAAGGAAUUCCGUUUCUCAAAUUGCUCACUAAAAAUCAGAAAAGAUAAUUUUGGGACUAUUUUUUUUAAAACCCUUAUUAGCUGAUUAUAAUGGGUUUUUCAUUUCAAAGUAAUUCUGAUAAGAAUUAUUUAGUUCACCCAGUCUGAAAAAUUAAUAACAAAAACUACAUUUGAAAUAAAAAAAAAUAAUUUAUUAAUAAAAAGUAAAUAUAAAAAAAGUAAGUAAAAUGUGAUAUUUUUUUUCAAGACGUGCAAAAACAUGAUAUUUUGAAUUUAAUUAAAUAACUUUUCAUGCUCUUUGAUAUUUACACAUCAAAAUGUUUUUUAAGUGACAAACUUAACACUCUCCUUAUACAGUUUCCACAGGUGCCUUUGAUGAUAGAUAUUUCAUUCAUAAAUGAAUCUUCUGUUACAUUUACUGAAUUUAUUUCUUUUGGUAGCUAUGUUUCGUUAUAAUUUUUUUGUCACCAUAAAUACCUUUACAUGAUUUGUCCAAAAAGUAAUGUCAAUUGAGUUGAUUAAAAAACAUGCAUUGAUCUGAUUGAUACAAUACAGCCAUAAACCUUCCAUGUUUAAAAUGUAUGUAUGACGCCUUUAAAUCUCGCUUUUAGCAAAAUUUCCAGAAGGCUUCAUCUAGGGAACUUGACUCUGUCACUUGUUGCUAAAUAAUGUUCUUUUAUUGGAGUUAGUAAGUGUCAGAACAAGAAAUCUUGGGGGAGCCACGUCAAAAUCCUUAUAGCUGAGUGACCAAUGGCAUCUUUGAAUCAAUCAGUCCUAAAGCAAAAUGGCAGAAUGCAUUAUGGCGGAGUUUAAAAUCAUUUGCUGUCUAAUCGAAACUUUUUGUAAUGCUUAUUGUCUCUGCUAUUUUACGAAUACUCCAAUGAUAGCUUGAGUUGAAGAAAAUUUAUGUCCCAGAGGCAAUCGAGGUCAUUGAUGACCUUUCAGAGCAUGCCUCAUUGCUGACUUUUUCAGAAAAUGCCUGUAGACUUGACAUUGUAAUGGACUUUGGGUUUCACAUAAAUUUUAUGGCGAUUCAUCUUGUACUGCAUGGCUGCUUGCACAUAAAACAAAACUUAGUUUUAUGGAGAUGCUUUUCUUUAGUCCCUUUAUGGACAGAAAGGGCUAAAUGACCACACAUUUAUAAGCUGUCACUUUUACCGAUUACAACUGGCCUGAUGCUAAGCGAGCUUUUAAACUUAUCCAACUAAAUUAGGGACAAUACUUUUUGGACUCAUUACUUUAUUAUGAAAAUAUUUUGAAGUUUUUCGUGGUAAGUGGUAAAUUUUUUUCAUUGAUGAUAAUUUGGUGAAUUAAUUUUAGUAUAUUAUAUAGUUCAAGCAAUUGUGUGAUUCUCGUGCCUUUGUUUGCCAAUGUGCUUUAAAUAUUUUGCUGGGCUUAACUUUAUCUAUGACAUAUUAAUAUAUUUUAAACAUUCGCUGAAUUUUACUGUGAUUUGCUAAUGUUCCUACAUUUGUGAUUAAAUUUUUAAAUGUAUUUCUAUGAAUAAACUAUGGUGAAAUUUUACUGAA